UAGUGACUGUUAGGCCUACUUGUAGCUCACGUUUUGGUUAACGUUAGCAACUUCUGUGGCUUGAGAUUGCAAGCUAACAGUAAACGGACAGGAAAUGGCUCUGACAGGACGGAUGCAUGCAGAUAGGCUACGAUAUGAAUUUGUGGCUAGCUAACGACUAACGUUAGAUGGAUAUACGGAAAUUCUUCGAGAGGCAGUGCCAGCAGCUCUGCCGAAGGCAAAUCCGUUUGGGAAAAAUAUCAAUGUCUCUUUACGGCAAAGGGCGUGCAAAAAUAUCUUACACAACAGUGCUACAGUUAAGAAACGAAAGUUAGAUUGAGAAAGCGACCGAUCACGAAGCAAUGACGGGGAAGAGCUCUUGUGUUCUUGCAGUCUUAUCUGCAGUUUUUAUACCACUCGCCUUUUCUGACAGUUGUAUGUCCUAUGUUGACCAAUAUAAAAAGUGGCGCAGUGAGGAAUACUGUGGUUUUACUCAGUUCUGCUGUGGAGACUGUGAGAGACGAUAUUGUUGCGGCAAUUAUUUUUCUAAAUUUGAUAAAGAUGCACAAAUGAAUUGUCACACAAGUAGGCCCAAUGAUGCUCUGGAUUUGCUGGAGCGCUUCAACAAUGUGAACAGAUCGGGAAUGUCGAUCGUGCCCAUUUGGCUGGCCAUCGUGAUCGUCGUCGUCAUCAUCAUCAUCAUCAUCAUCUCGUGCUGCACAUGCUCCUGUUGCUGUCUGUACAAAAUGUUUAGAGGAAGCCCAAGACCGGUCAUUGCACCUAAUGCAACAACCACUACUACAGUGAUGCAAGUGCCAUACCAACAGCAGCCUACUGCAACUCAGACUUACCCUUGCGCACAGUACUCAGCCUACCAGCAAGUGCCAGUCCAGGUGUUUGGGGCCCCUCCUACCUAUCACGAGGCUGUCUCAGUUGGUAUGGAAGCCUGUCCUUAUCCCCCAGCCCAGCUGGGAUACAACCCCAACCAGCCCAACUGCAACCUUUCUGGGGCUGUCUACAACCCACCCUACAACCCAGCCUACAUGGACCCACACAAGCCAGGCCACUGAAAUGGACCUCUGCAAAUUCCAAAUGUAUCAAUACUGUUGAUCUGCUUCUGCUGUCCGUGUAGGAAUAUAGUGACAACAAGAGAACUUUAUGAACAUGUUAUCCUUGGAUGUCUACAACAACAACAAAAAUGAUUCCUGUUUUUUUGGAAUAUUUUCUGUUUGCUUUUUAUUUGCCUUCUAAAAAAGCAGCUCAAGUUUUCCUGUCCAGCAAAUUAUUUAAAGUAGAUUAGAAAAUAUUGUUUCAUAGAUAGAAGUAUAAAACUUUGUUGGUUUAUUCCAAUUAUUAUUGCGAAAGAGAGUAUUUAGAAGUCCAAAAUUGUAAUAGAUAGAUAGGUAGAUAGAAACACACCCAUCUUAUAAGGUCCAGUGAUACACACAUUAUUGUGAAUAGGAUAAUACUAGAAAUCAGUGUUUGAAACCGUGCUCCUGUAGAGAUUAUUGAUACAUGUGUCCUUGCAACUUACUCUGAAGUUGUGAUGGUUAGGGAAAAAGCAAAUGCAUGCCAAAAGGUGUAUUUUUUUUUAUACACCAGCAUCUGAAUUGCUAUUGUGAAACAGAAGAUCUCAAAAUGUCUCAUUACCCACAAAUGUUAUACACACAUACAUUGUUUUGUUUACAAGCAAGUUGAUUUAUUUUAGUUAACAGUUGUAACAGUAUUGUCAGUCACACUGCAGUGCAACCUGCAGGACAUUGAAAGAACUGCUGUGUAUUUUGUGAGGAUGAUCUUUCUUUCCAUUGUUUCAAGAUCGGAUUUAAUUAGCCUGUUACAGAACAUGUUGUCUUCUUCUGCACUGUUUACUCAGGUUUACUGGAGACUAUUCCUUUUUUAAAUUCAAAACCACUCCAUUUCAACUUUUUUAUGGGGAUGACAGAAAAAAAAAUAUACAGGAAAUGCCUUCCUUUUUUAGGUAAUAAAAUGUCACCUGGAUGGAGAUACAAUAUCCAAUUCAAGCUUUAAAAUAACAAGUAGGUCUUAAAUCAUUAUCCGUAAAGGCAUGUUUUAGGGGUCACUGUAAAGUUGAGUCACUGGGUUGCUUUCUUUGUGUUUUAUAUGUGAAUCAAUGAAUACUGAAAUCGUUCUCUCAGUCAUAGACAUACCUGAACUGCCUUUAUAAAGUGCCUUUAUUGUGCCUGUAAUACCCAUGCUUCUGACUUUAUACAUAGCUGUUUGUUGUCAUAUUUCCUUGUGCCUGUUUAUUUCAUGAACACAUCUUUACAUUGUAAACAGAGAAACUUGUUUUUGCCUCAGCUCUGCAGAACAAUCUUGUUUUCCUAAAUAAAGUCAACAUGUCCAUUUUUUCCCCUA